AUGUUUGUCCUUUUCCGCUACGUGCUCUAUUUCCUAGGCUUCUACACACUCACGAUGUUGACCUGCUUCGCUCUUUACGCCUACCUCCCGAAGCCGCCUCGAAUCCUCGGAUUCAUCGCGCGCUCAAUGUCCGCCUACCUAUCGCUCAUAGCUUGCGCUGCAUACGGAACGGUCGCUUCAGGCAUAUUAAAAGCUUUGGGAUUACACUACAAAUACGCUUUCUGGACGGUGGCUAGGGCCUUCAAGUGGGUUGGGAUGUUCAGUAUGGGGGUCAAGUUCAAGAUCCUGGACAACGGCGAGGAGAUCCUAAGCAACAACCGCCCGAUUGUCAUCAUUUGCAAUCACCAAACAGAACUUGACGUGCUGUUGUUGGGUUGGAUAUGGCCAAAACACUGUUCAAUCACGGCGAAGAAAUCUCUCCGUAACAUCCCGUUUCUGGGCUGGUUCAUGACCCUUGCCGGGGCAGUGUUUAUCGACCGGGUGGAUCGGAGCCAGGCAUUGAAGGCAUUUGCAGGAGCCGCUCAGGCGAUGCAGGAGAAGAAACAGAGUGUUGUCAUCUUUCCUGAAGGAACACGGAGUUAUUCCGCCGAGCCUAUGCUGCUGCCUUUCAAGAAGGGAGCCUUCCACUUGGCAGUACAGGCCGGUGUCCCUAUAGUACCUGUCGUGGCCGAGAAUUACAGCCAUGUGCUGAACAUCAAAGCUAAGAGGUUCAAUAGUGGUACCAUCAGAGUGAAAGUUCUGGAUCCGAUCCCUACCAAGGCCUUGACAGCCGCCGAUGUCGAUCAUCUGACCAGAGAUACUCGCGAGAAGAUGCUCAACGCCCUGGAGGAUCUGGCAAAACACCCGGAUUCUCAAAUGCAGCAGACCAAAAAGGACUCAUGA